AUUAAAGGUUCCUGGUCAAGUAAAAGGGGGAAGGAAAACUAUAAUCCAUAUAGCUAUGGCAAUGUUUUCACAAAUUGCUGUGCUGCUCUUUGUGGACCAAUGAAUCCAAGCCUAAUUGAUCGCAGAGGAAUUAUACAAGCUGAUAUGGCACAGUCAGUCGCACCAUCAAAUGGAUUGACUAUGUAUGGUUCUACUCAGUCACAGAGCAGCAUGUGUGACCAAGACCAGUGCAUUCAGAGCACCAAAUUCGUUUUGCAGGCUGCAGCCACGCCGCUCCUUCAGGCCGAACCUACAAUACCUGCUGAUGAACCACCUUUGCCAGGAAAAACAACCAUAACGGCACCAUGCACCACUUUGGCACUUGGCCAGCCAACUCCGCCAUCUUCAAUCCCAAACCUAAACUCAGAAACGGUCUUGACAGAUAUGAUACCCUUAAAAGAGGACAUUGGAAAUCAUCAGUUCUUAACGCCAGAUGAAGCACCUUCACCACCUGGAAUGCUGCCAGCAAACAGCCCUGUGACUCAUAGCCAUACCAUGCAUGUCCUCAACCUUGUCAGCCAAGACUCUUUGCAUGAAGACUCUGUGCGUGGUCUUGUAAAACUCAGCUCUGUUUGA